CUCUCCUCUCCUCCUUCAUUUCCUCCCUCUCUUCUAUUUUCUAUGGGCGGAGAAACGGAAAUGUGGGAGGUGUGUUUUCUCUCCGUCUCCGUGUUUCUUUCACGGAAGACAGCAGAGGCAAAGAAGCGCGCCUGACUCAAGGACGAAGCGGACCUACGGCGAUAAGAAUCAAAAUAAACGGAGCGCAGAAGGAGAUCCGUGCGCAGCCGCAGAGGAGCGGAGUUUCGGCUGCAGCUGUCAUGGGACUCUGCCCGUCCUCGUAGCGGAACCAGGCGACCCGCGGACCAGAGGGAGAACAGGCACCGGGAGCGGACAUGGCCCACGUAGGCAACGGAGCGGCCGCAGAGGAGGAGGACUGCUUCGAAGAUGCCUUUGAUCGGAUACCUGCGGCGGGUAACAUGGAUCUGCAGACUGCCAUCCAGGAGACUCAGUGUGCUCUCAACCUGGUCCUCAACAACAAGUUUUCUCAAGCCCUGGAUCUCCUCAAACCAUGUCCAUUUCAGCCCAUGUUGUCUCUCCUCCCUCAGAGAAUUUUGAGGUUGUUGGAGUUUAUCGGGUUCUCAGGAAACAGGGGGUUUGGUUUGUCCCAGCUGAGAGAGGGAGCUUCCAGCCACAGUUUGCGGUCAAUCCUCUGUGUUCUGACUCUGCUCUUCUACCACACAUACGUCUCACUCAUACUGGGAACUGCAGAGGGGAACCUGGUGGAAGCUGAAGCUCUGCUGGAGCCAUACCAACAGAAAUACCCCAAAGGCUCCAUAAUCCUCUUCUACUCUGCUCGCAUUGCCGCGCUGCGAGGAAACUUUGAGAAGGCUCGGGCCAAGUACGAGGAGUGUGUGAGCAGCCAGCAGGAGUGGAAGCAGAUUCACCACUUGUGUUACUGGGAGCUCAUGUGGACUCACUCGUACCAGCAGGAGUGGGAACAGGCGUACCAAUAUGCUGACUUGCUGUGCAAGGAGAGUCGCUGGUCCAAGGCUAUCUAUGUUUACCAGAAGGCAGCCAUUUUAAGCAUGAUGUCAGAGGAGGAGCUGAAGAAGACGGGGGAGAAUGUUGUGGAGCUCUUCAGGCAGGUGGAGGGGCUGAAACAGCGCCUGGCUGGGAAGUCCAUUCCAACGGAGAAAUUUGCAGUGAGGAAGUCCAGGCGUUACAAAGCUGCUAACCCCAUCCCCCUGGUCAUCCCUUUGCUGGAGAUGAUGUACGUGUGGAAUGGUUUCACCAUCGUCGGAAAGCGAGCCGACUGUACCGAGUCCCUGCUGGUAACCAUAGAGAAGGCAGAGGAGCAGCUUCGCAAUGACCCCAAUCCGUCAGAGUUUCACACAGAUGACAGCUGUCUGGUCCAGAUGUUGAAGGGACUCUGCCUGAAGCACCUGGGCAGGUUACUGCAGGCUGAGCUGUGCUUCACACAGGUGCUCUCCAGUGAGGGUCGGAUCAGAUAUGAUCACUACUUGAUUCCUUUCACCCUUUAUGAGUUGGGUCUGCUGUAUAAACAACAGGGAGACUUCCUCAAGGCCACCACAUACAUCGAAAACGCCAAGACGAACUACAAGGACUACUCCAUGGAGUCCAGACUGCACUUCAGGAUCCACGCAGCCCUUAACAGCCUCAAAGGAUCACCUGCCGGCACCCCAUAAUACACAAGAAACAUGAGUCAGACUGCAGCUGUUUGUUUAGCUGGAGUGAAGAAAGAAAUGGAGGUGUGUUUGGUUUUAAGAUGACACCUCCACCUGGGAUUUGUUUUUUUCCUCUGAAUUAUGUUUUACAUUUUUCAUUUAUUUUUCUGCAGUUUGGAAAGAUUGGAUUAUAAUUACUUGCACAUGCACUUCUUCUACCAGUUAAAAUAGAGACUUCACUGGUAGAGCAAUGGUUCAAUCAGAGCAGGUUUAUCUGUAACUUAAAAAUUGAUACAGGCUCUUUUUGAGUCCAUACGGCUCUUUCACUCAGAGACACUUUGCAUAGGAGAACAACUAUGAAGUCUUUCAUAGCUAAUAUCUGAUUGGACUGCUGCACUUUUUCAUGUAAAAGCACAAGAUAAAAAAAACUAGCAAUUAUAUGUCAGACCACAAGAGGGAACCAGUGACUGACAAAUCGUCUUGGAAAUCCAGUCAACAAGUUCUUUUGCAGCUCUGUGUUAGCUUCCUUGCAUUUCUCUGUCUGAAUGGGCCCAAAAUAUAAAUCUGUUGUUUAUGAAGACACGAUUUUCUUUUUUUUGUUUAUGAAUUAUAAACAGGAAGUGAUGUGCAAACCACUAAAGAUGAAUACUAGAACACAGUGUUCAUCUUAAGCAGUUUGCAUGGUUUUUGCCUUUUUCUUUUCCUACAUGCCACACAUGCACGCGAUGCACAAGUGUGUCCGUGCAUAAGCAAUCACAGCCUUCUCACCGACUGUGGCUUAAACAGGAAACACUGAUACGGUGUAGUACACUCAUUCCAAGCUCGCACAGACUGGGCAAUAUGCAGAUUUAAAAGAACGGCGCAGUAAUGGCUGUAAACGCACACAUUUAACAGCAAUACAAACAAAUUUGUGCUGUUAGUAAGUUCUGAGUUAUUCUGUCGGUACGUCAGAGUCCACGUUCUAUGUCUCAAACGCAGGGCUGCUUUGGUGGCGCUGAUCGUCUCUUAGAAGCCUGAAAUAAAAAGCUCAAAAACAAAACAAUCUAACAGUUAAAAACAUCUACAACAUAACACAUGCGUUACGUUUCUUCUUUGUCGUUCUUUGAGUUAAAAAAAAAAUCCUUGAAUGGUCCUUUUAUACAGCCCUUCAGUUCAUCCUGUAUCUGAAACACAUAAUAUUAGAUUUUUACGUCUUUUCUUUUAGACUUCUCGGAUCAGAGUUAACCGUCAUAAUAGUCGUUUUGGAUGUUACAAACAAAAAGCUAAAUUAACCAGUGUAGGUGUAUCAAUUCAGAGAAAUUAAUCACUUCCCACUUAGCUCCAUCUUCUGAUGUGGAACUGUUACUUUCUAGUUAAGGCACGCUAGUCUGGUGUUGAAAGAUCAUCCAAAGACAGUCCCCUGGAAAUACUUAAGAAUAAUUGAAUUAAAGAAAACCGCAAGCUAUGAACCAAACCAUGGACUGAUUACUUGCUACACCCCUUUUAAGUGUUUUGGCCACAAAUAUUAAUCACAGUACCACUAAUACAUAUCCUAAAACCAGAUUUCUCUUGAGAUCAACAUUAAGCAACCUCAGAUACAAAACUCCCAAUCUUACUAGUAUAGCUAAUAUUUAAAUGGACAUAGAAUAUAAUGUGGAAUUACUGCUUACUUUGAAAUCUGCAUUUAUACUUACCUUUUUUUUUUGCCACUAAACUCGAACCUCAGUCUUUCGUAAACACUGAAUUAAAAAUACAUUAUUUAUGGUAAAGCAGUAAAACAUAACCGGUCAAACAAAGUUAAGCAUAAAUAGUUUAUAAAACAAAAACUAAUGACCCUUAACAUUUUUUUUAAUUCAAAGUGAGCUAGCUAAUAAAUUAACUAAUAUUUUGAAUAAAUAAGUUAAUAUAUAACUGAUUACUUUGAAAUAUAUAUUGUCACUUGUGAUUGUUUUACCUUUGAUGACCUUCAAAUUGAGAUAGUCAGUGCUGGUGGUCAAAGGCUAACUGCAAUAUUUCAGUAUCAAUUGCAAUAUUGUCCAAAAUUACUGUGUUUGAAAUAUGUGCAAUACGUUUUUAAAGCCAUAAUUCUCGUUGCCUUAGACUGAGAUUAAGUUGCCCUGAAAAUGGUGCUAGCCCUGGCACAAGUGGCAACCUGUACUCCACACCUGAUUUGGGUAUAAAGUGUGAGUUAAUGAAUACUCGGCUAAAGAAAUGUAGUUCUUUAUCUGCUCAAAGAGAUGAUUUCUUCAUACUGAAGCAGCUCUGCCUUUGGGAAAUAUUUGCAUAACUAAGCCGUCCCUCACUCCAUGAUUGCUCAACGGUCUGUUGGGAGAAAACACCAAGACUAAAGGCUUUACGUUAAUUCUAGUCGACGUUCUUGAUGGUUACAGCUUUGGUUAUGGUCACACAUGUUCUGGAAGAUGUCUAUUUGUUUCUUUGUUUAUGUUGUGUUGCUUUCUGUUAAAUAUCAUAAAUUAUGUAGAUCUACAGUGUACAUGAAGACCAACUUUAGUGUCUAAUCAUGUACAGAUGAAUCAGGAUAAGCACAAUCUACACCUAAACAAGAUUUUAUUAUUAUUAUUAUUAUUAUUAUUAUUAUUAUUAUUAUUAUUAAUAUGUGCUGUGUGUUAACACAUCAGAUAAUUACUCAGUUCUCAGAGGACAGUGAAGGACAGUUUAUCCCUAAAAUGUUGUAAGCUUAACGUAAAAUGUCUGAAAAACUGUACACUAAUGUUCAUCAAAGUAAUCACAUCUUUGCUUCCGUUUUAAACAUAAGUGUGAUGGACCCGCUUGAGUUGUACUUGAAUAAAUGACAAUUAGCCUUCUCCAUUUCAUGAAUGUAUCAACCUAAAGACCAAAUUCUCCACAUGUGUCUUGCUGGAUGUGUGUUUUGAUUUUUAUUUUAUUUGACGUGUUUUCUGUGCCUGUAUGUUUUUGGAUGUGAUUUUUCUUCACGUCUUUGUGUGAUCUGAAACUUUGCUUCCAAACUACGUAAUUUGCCAACAUUCACUGAUAUUAUUAUUAAUAACAGUCCUAUGUAAAAGACCACAGUCAUCUGUCGAAAAAAGUUGUAGCAAUGAAAAUGCUAAAGUCCCAGUUUUGUCUUGUGGGUAUACUGCAAUGUUAUUCCUACCUAAAAUUUCAGCUAAAAAGACAAACAAAUCUGACUCUGUGAGGAUUAUUAAAAAUGAUCAGGUAGUUUUAAAAAGAUAUUCUGUGUUUCUUUGUGCAAUAAAAUGUUGCUUUAAUAAUGCUAGAUGCAAUUUUAGCAUUGCACUCGUCAGUAGUUCCUUCUUGCUAGUUUUCCCAAAAUUGCAGCUCCAUUUCUUGAUUAGCCAAAGCUGCCAUGCAGAACUGACUCAGCACAGGAAGUAAGGAAGUAAAAUAAUGCAACUAAUAAUAGUGAUAAAAUAAUCCUGGACUCAGAAUUACAAAGUUGUGUUAUUCCUUUAUUUAAGAUUUACUAAAGCAAGGUUUCUCUGUUCUGUGAAAAAAAAAAUGGUAAAAUGUUAUUAAAUGUAUGCACAAUGGCAGGGCUUUCUUUUAUGUGAAAUUUAAAACCUGCUAACAAGCAGAUGGUUAAUUUUAAUUAAACAUUGUAUCUUUAGGUACUUUGUUAUUACCAAUCUGUUCCAAAAUCAAAUCACAGGUUUCUAUUUUUUUAAUUUGAAUCUCAAAACAACAACAAAAAAUACCAAAGACGGCAGUCUCACCGCUGUUAAAUUGUAUCAACGAGCUAUUAGCCAAAAACGUAUCUUACCAUGGUGUGCACUGGGUCCUUAAGAAAUAUGUGGACAAAUGAACAACAAAAGAAAUGGUAGGCCUAAAAACCAACUACAGCAGUAUCUGAAAGUCAACAUAAAUCAGUGAUCAACAAGAUAAAUAAUAAUAGAAUAAUAGGUAGAUAACAUAAGGCAGUGGAGGCUAUUUUUAAGCCAGUUAGAAGCUAAGGUGAUUUACAUCAAUCACCAAAACAAAAUCACUGCUUUGUGUUUAUAAAAUGUUCACCUUUUAUUGCCACAACCUUUCUUCAUAGAAGGCUUUGGGCCAUAUUUUCAUUUAGUAGCUUAAUUCAGUGCCUCUGUGUUUAAUCUGUACAUGUUUUUCUGUUCUUUAUAAGUUCAAACUGCUUUUGCUUUUUUGUUUUUCCCACAUAUAACGUGUUGCUGCAUGUGUUUUAUGGCUGGAGGAGAGAUUAGAGGCUUUCUGAUUAGAUGUGGUGAUACACGUGGCACAAUAAAAUGAAAACAGAAGAAUAUUACUCCUUUUAAAUUAUAUUGUGUUUUUAUUUAUUAUUAGUAUGUAUGUUGGUAUGUGGAUCAGUGUGCCGGUGAGUCACUGUUUUAUGUUUGUGUUAUGAAGAGAACAUGUCCUUUCUAGCAAACAGACAUAUAAACAAUUACUCUGAACUAAAGAGGAAAAAAAUAACUGAAUAUGAAUAUGAGCUGAAUAUAGUGUUUU